AACCACCCGCUUCUCUUUGAAUUUAAAGUGUUUGACAGAAAGGUUUCUGUCACUGGAACGUUAACGUUACAACUUCCGGUCAGUUUCUUUUUGUGUCCCCGCUGUCUGCCCUCUCUAACCCCCAGGGGCAGAUUGGAUCUCCUCAUUAACAAAUCUGCUGCAGCAACUAUAUCUGUCAUGCAACUAAUACUCAUACUUAAUAAUAAUAAGUGUCAUUUAUAAACUAAUAUGAGCACGUGGACAUACAUGCAAGUCCUGGAUAUGUCUUAAAUGGUCUUUUGUGGAACAGGAGGAUCAGCAGACUGUGACAUUUGGGAACGUUGCUGGGACUGUAGACGCCGUGCAGAGAAAUGGCCAAAGAGCAGAAACAAAGCAGGGCAGAAACAUUUGUUCUGGCUGGAUCUAACGGUCACAAUGGCCAGCAAUGGCAGACUGGUCUGAAUAACAUGGUCGGUUACCCUCCAGGCGCUAACCACAGGUCGAGGAUGGCCCGUGUCGCAUCAAAUGUCAGGCAUAAAUGUGCGGCGUAUGUGCUGGCACUGAGACCGUGGAGUUUCAGUGCCUCGCUCACGCCGGUGGCCCUCGGCAGCGCCUUGGCGUAUAAACUGGAGGGCUCUGUGGACUUGGUCAUCCUGAUGGUGUGCGCGGUCGCCGUCCUCGUAGUCCACGGGGCGGGCAACCUUGUGAACACCUAUUAUGACUUCUCCAAAGGGAUUGACCAUAAGAAGAGUGACGAUAGGACUCUUGUGGAUGAAAUACUGGCACCGCAGGAUGUUGUUAUGUUCGGAGCGUUGUUAUACUCUUUAGGGUGCUUGUGUGCCACUCUGCUCUACUUCCUGUCUACACUCAGACUGGAGCACCUAGCUCUUAUUUACUUUGGGGGACUGUCCAGCUCUUUUUUAUACACUGGAGGCAUCGGCCUCAAGUACGUGGCCCUUGGAGACGUGGUAAUCCUCAUUACCUUCGGCCCUCUGGCAGUCAUGUUUGCCCAUGCGGUGCAGGUCGGCUACCUGUCGGUGCUGCCCCUGGUGUACGCUGUCCCGCUGGCCCUCAACACGGAGGCCAUCCUCCACAGCAACAACACCAGAGACAUGGACUCUGACAAGCAGGCGGGCAUCGUCACGCUGGCCAUCCUCGUAGGCCCCACGCUCUCCUACGUCCUCUACAACCUCCUGCUCUUUGUCCCCUACGUGCUUUUCUGCAUCCUCGCCACCCGGUACACCAUCAGCAUGGCGCUGCCUCUGCUCACGCUGCCCAUGGCGUUCCCUUUGGAGAAGCAGUUCCGCAGCCGAUGCUACGCCAAGAUCCCCCAGAAGACCGCCAAGCUCAACCUCCUCAUGGGACUUUUCUACGUGUUCGGGAUCAUUCUGGCGCCUCCUGGCAGCUUGCCGUUACUGUGAUUUAUUAGCUUUGAUAUUUCAAAUUUUGUUGUUUUAACACAGACUAGUUUAUGUAUCUCCUUGUAUUUGUACGAAGCUGUCUGAGGACUUUCACUGGCUUUAAUUUAUUCUUUAAUUUAUAUGUUGAACAGAGAUUUAGUUUAGAUCCUCCUCUGUGACACGAGCAUAAUACAAUGUUUUUUUUCAGUAUUAAGCCCCCUGUAAUGUGUUGGUAAGAAGUGUUGGUGUCAUUUUGUAGAGGUGGGCAACAUUUUUACAAAUAAGGACAUGUGAUAAAAACUACAGUUGCCAUAUUUGUAAUUCUUCAAGACACAUAAAAACAUCAAUAAACUAAUAUCCUCAACACUGUACUCUCUGUAUGGUACAUACUGUUCAUUUGCUCAUUGUGAUUUUCUUUUUGGAGAGCCAAAUAAUAUUUCAUGGGAUUGUAAUAAAAUUCACUGAUGGUGAAGUUC